UGACACUCCCCCAGCAUUGCUUUCUUCGUUCCUCUGUGUGCUCCUUGUACAGCUCCCCGCACGCCUCUCUUGCAAACUCCAGUGCAAUUUCAUUUCCGCAGUCUGUUGUUUGCGGUUGGUCCUAUGGCGUCGUUCCGCUCGCUGCUGCUGGCUCUGGGCCUCAGCCUGCCCGUCACCAGCAGCCCCGGAGUGGUGCUCGUCCUGGCCGAUGACCUUGGAUACGGAGAUCUGGGUUGCUUCGGCCAUCCAAGCUCCCGAACUCCCAAUCUAGACCGGCUAGCAGCUUCGGGCAGGAGGUUCAGCGACUUUUACAGCGCGUCCAGUGGCUGCAGCCCAUCCCGCGCAGCCUUGCUCACGGGCCGUUACCCAACACGGUCUGGAAUUUUCCCAGGAGUUUUCUUUCCAGGGUCAAGGGGGGGACUUCCUCUGAAUGAAACUACGAUUGCGGAAUUGUUGAAGCAGCGGGGAUAUGUCACCGCAAUGGUGGGGAAGUGGCAUUUGGGCUACGGACUAAAUGGGAAAUACCUACCCAUCCACCAGGGUUUCGAUGAAUUCUUGGGCGUUCCAUACUCCCAUGACCAGGGUCCCUGCCAGAACCUGACAUGUUUCCCACCGGAUAUCAAGUGUUAUGGAAAGUGUGACCAAGGUGUGGUCCUCUUGCCCUUGGUCAAGAAUGACAAGGUGAUCCAGCAGCCAAUCAGCUUUACCAAGCUCACUCCAGCGUACAAUCGAUUUGCAAGAGACUUCAUUCUAAGAGCAACAAAACAGAGGAAACCAUUCUUCCUUUAUUAUGCAUCACAUCACACUCAUUACCCACAGUUCGCAAGCGCAGACUUUACAAGACAAUCUAAGAGGGGUCCUCUGGGGGAUGCACUGAUGGAAUUUGAUGGUUCGGUGGGGCAUAUAAUGAAGACUUUACAUGAUGCCGGAGUGGAGAAUAACACAUUAAUCUUCAUCACCAGUGAUAAUGGCCCUGAGCUGAUGCGAAGAUCACGUGGUGGAAACGCAGGGCUGCUAAAGUGUGGCAAAGCCACCACAUAUGAAGGAGGAAUGAGGGAACCGGCAAUUGCCUACUGGCCUGGCCAGAUUACUCCAGGUGUGACCCACGAGGUGGCCAGUACCCUUGACAUCCUGCCAACAAUUGCCAGCCUCACAGGCGCAAAGCUUCCACAAGUCAAAAUAGAUGGAUACGACAUGAGUGAUAUCCUCUUCAAUAAUGGGAAGAGCAAACGGGACACCAUGUUUUACUAUCCACUUGCCCCCAGCAAGAAGCUGGGAGUUUUUGCUGUACGCUAUAGGCAGUACAAGGCCAAUUAUUUCACUCAAGGUUCCUCCCGCAGUGACAGCACUCCGGACCGUGCCUGUCACUGGGACUCUUUACUCACCCAUCAUGACCCUCCACUGCUUUUUGACUUGGAAGCUGAUCCGUCUGAGAACUAUCCACUACACAGCUCUGACAUUCCCAAUUAUAACUGGAUCAUCGAUCAGAUACAUAAAGAAAAGAUGAUGUUUGAAAUGGGAAUGGAGUUUGGGGAAAGCCAAAUGGAGAAGGGACUUGACCCAAAUCUUGAACCUUGCAUUAAACCCGGCUGCAGCCCCAGGCCUGCCUGUUGUGCAAUGAAUUAGAAUGGAAGAAGGAGACAAAACACAGUCUGUCACCACAUUUAAAAAACUAAUAACUAUUCUCAACAAGGGUUUCUGGGACAGUGCUGACUUGGAGAAGAGAGAAGGGUCGGAUUAUGUAACAUUAGCAUUCUCUUGGUAGUUGGAAUCCAAGGUCAGAACCUUUUUACCUGGGUGGAAAUGUCAAAGAUUAUAUGGCAUAGCUUUGAGGUGAGCAGUUCUACAUUGGAAUAAGCCCGUCAUCUCAUAAUGUUUGUGCCAAACAUGAUGCCAAGAAAAACUAAUCUGCCUGCACGUGAUAAAUAUAUGAUUAGAUUUCUGGGCAAAUUAGAUGUGCAGAGCACUUUUUUACACAGAUGAUGGUAGGUGCCUAGCAUGCGCUGUCAGGGAUGGUGAUAGCCUAAUUAUCGACCAGAUACACAAGGAAAAGUUGUUGUUUGAACUGGGAAUGGAUUUUCAGGAAGUCCAAAUUGAGAUGGCCAGAGCC